ACUUGACCCGGCCUCCGGCAUCCAGCUGCUGUGACCAGAUCCUGUCCGCGCGCGCAGGGGUAAGGAUGAAGUCCAACAAACACAAAGCACCACACACCACUGACACCGAGUUUGGAGGGGCAACAGGUGCUGCAUGUCUAAUAGUGCUCCUCCCCUUCACUGUGCUCUUCCUGUUGAGUGUGUGUGUGUCUGAGGAGGGUGCUGUGCUCCGCUGGCCCCUCCCACUGCCCCCCCACUCUAAUCUCUAUGACCCUCGAGCCAUGAUCAUCGUCACUGUGUGGAUCAGCACACACGUUCUGCUCUACCUGCUCCCAGUGGGCAAGGUAUCAAAGGGUUUAGUCCUGAGGGACGGAAGCAGACUGAAAUAUCCAAUAAAUGGGUUCCAUGCGCUGUGCGUGACAGCUGUGUUGGUGUGUGUGUGUGUGUGCAUGGGCGUACCCCUGGCUCUCCUCUAUGAGCUGAUUGUGCCAUUGGCGGUGUGUGCAAUGGGCGUGGCCUUCGUGCUCUCCCUGUACCUGUUCACGCGCUCCUUCUGGGCCCCUGCACAUGCACUAGCGCUCGGAGGAAACACAGGUCACGCUGUGUAUGAUUUCUUUAUGGGACGGGAGUUAAACCCGCGUAUCAGCUCCUUCGAUCUGAAAUAUUUCUGUGAGCUGCGGCCGGGAUUAAUUGGCUGGGUGGUGUUGAAUGUGGCGAUGUUCCUGAAGGAGGUGGAGCUCAGAGGAUCUCCAUCAGUGUCAAUGCUGCUGGUGAACACCUUCCAACUGCUCUACGUCACUGACGCUCUGUGGAACGAAGAGGCAGUGUUGAGCACCAUGGACAUUGUGCAUGAUGGAUUUGGCUUCAUGUUGGUGUUUGGUGAUUUGGUUUGGGUUCCCUUUACAUACGGCCUCCAGGCAGCAUUCCUAGUGUCACAUCCUCAUACCCUCACUCCCUUCAGUGCCCUUGGCAUUAGUUUGCUUAAUGGAAUCGGAUAUUAUAUCUUCCGCAAAUCCAACUCUCAGAAGAACCAGUUUAGGAGAGACCCGACACACACCAGCGUCCAGCAUUUAGAGACGAUUGCCACGGCAACAGGAAAACGGUUGCUUGUGUCGGGAUGGUGGGGGUUUGUCAGACACCCCAAUUACCUCGGAGAUCUUCUGAUGGCACUCGCUUGGUCUCUGCCCUGUGGGUUCUCCCACAUCCUGCCGUACUUCUACGUGCUGUACUUCAGCGUGUUGUUGGUGCACCGGGAGGCGCGAGACGAGCGACAGUGCAGAGCGAAGUACGGAGCGGCCUGGGAGGAGUACUGCAGCCGAGUGCCCUACAGAAUCAUCCCCUACGUCUACUGAGCUCAUUACAGUGUCUCACUGCUGUACCCACACACACCUGUGUGUAACACUAUUGACGCGUGUGUGUGAGACAGAGAUAUAUAUAUAUAUAUAAAUCACAAUGAUAUUUCUAUAAUAAACCCUGCACAUGAGGUUCACUAGAACACAUUCACAUCACUUUUUCUGAUAAAACCUCAAUGAUUAAAAUUUAAACCCUGCUGUUCUGCAGUUAACUGACACAUUCACACGAUUGUGUUCAUAACCCUGAGUUUAACACACACACACACACACACUUUAUCCAACAGGAAAGAUUUUCCCCCAAAACUAAUCGACUGACAGAGCUGAUAUCAAGAUGAUCAGAGAUUUUCAUUUAUAAAAUAUAAUUUCAGACAAAUCAGGACUUUUUAAGCACAUGACACUCAGCUGUACGUCAGGAGGACACUCUGCUCUCGUGUGGACUACAGUCGUGUACUAGGUAGUGCACAUGAUCCUCCUAUUUAAGGAAACAUCUGGAAAACAGCUCAGGAAAUGACAGCAAGAAACAAACUGAAAAAGUUUGUGUUUAUUACUGUGACAAAAUGAACACAGGUGUGAGAGAGAGAAAGAAAAACAAGAUUCAUUUUAAAUCAUUGUUGUUAAAUACAUAUUACACGAUUGCUAUGAUUUUAUAACAAGAUUUCUUUAACUUUGUAAAUGGAUUAAAUCUCUUCAAUCAUCACUUUCCCUUGUAUUCUUUUUUUCCUGCUCUCCUCCACCCACUUCCUGUCUCUCUCCAUCGCCUGUCUCUCACCUGUCCGUCUCUGACAUUCUGACCACGCCCAUGAGGCUAAAACCCUCAGCGUGUGUGUGUUCUCUUUGGCCCACGCCUGCAGGAACUCGCAUUUCUUCCCUGCCAGGAAACACAGCCUCCUGAAGGGGGCGUGGU